GAAGUUUUUGAGGAGGUCAUGCUUGAACAUAUGUAAUAAGCUCACUUAGGAUAAUUAACGUUUUAAAUUUAUUUCGGCUAAGAGUUUCCUGCACUUGUCGUCAGAUAUCUCUAAAGAACAUCAGUAUCAUUUUCAAUAUGGCUUCAGUAUCCACGUGAAUUCCUAACCCAAGUUAAUUGUUUACAUGCAAAAAUUAGUGAUUAUUUAUUAGUAUUAUCGUUAAGAUACACAUUAUGGGUGAACAGAUGGAAGUAGACGAAAAAGUAACGAGGGUAGAAGACAUACUCAAGAACGUAUCUCCAGUUACUAAUACAAGUAUUCCAAGUUUAGAAUCCAAGAAGGUUAAGACUAAAAAAGAAAAAUCAUUAGAACAACUAAUUCCAAAGGGAAAACCAAAAUCUGGUAGAAUAUGGAAAGAACAGAAAACACGAUUCUCAUCUAUUGUUAAAACACGUGGCAUGCGUUCGUCGUUUGAGAAGAAGCAAAAAUUGAGAGAAGACCUGAAACGUGUUAAAGAAAUGUCAAGGGAGAUCAAAGCAAAGAAACAAGCAGAGAAGGAAGCUAAAAAAGAAAGGAGAAGACAAAAUUUGAAGCGCGCCGAGGAGAAUCGCAAGAAGGGCGAAAUUGUUCAAGUUAUUACAAAUACUGCAAAAUUGAAAAAAAUAAAGAGGAAAAACCUUAGAACGAUAGAGAAGAGAGAUACACUUAAAAUUCAAAAUAGUUAGAUAUCUGUACAUUUAUACUGAUUAAGAAACUAUUUAUAAAACUCUUUUAUAGUAAAUGAUUCCAGCAUAAUUUAAAAAUUAUUAAUUAACUUAAACUACUG